AUGGCACCCUUCCCCUCCCCAACCGCCGUGUGGCACGACAAAGCCUACCCGGAGAUCUCCCCCUCGCGCCCCGAACUUUCCGCGCACGGGAAAACCAUUCUCAUCACCGGCGGAGGCACCGGCAUCGGUGCCGAGACCGCCCGCCGCUUUGCUCAAGCCAGCGCCGCCCGCAUCGCUCUCCUCGGCCGCCGUGAGCAGCCCUUGCUGGACACCAAGGCCUCGAUCCAGCGGGAAUUUCCGGCUGUCGAGGUCUUCACAGCCCCCACGGACGUCACCCGCCAGAGCGAGGUCGACGCCGCCUUCAGCCAGUUUCUCAGUCCCGGAGGGCAGAUCCAUGUCCUGGUGAGCAACGCGGGGAUGAUCGGCCCCAUGGUGCCCGUGGCCGAUGCCCCCGGCGAACAGGCCCUAGACGCCAUCCAACAGAACCUACAUGGCGCGUGGUGGGUGGCGCAGGCGUUCUUACGCUGCGCAGCGCCCGGCGCCGUCAUCAUCGAGACCUCCUCCAGCGCGGCCCACGUGAACUUCGGGCCCGGGUUGGCCCCGUACAGCGUCGCCAAGAUGGCGGUGUUCCGGUUGUGGGAUGCGGUCGGGUUCGAGAAUCCGGGGUUGCGCGUGUAUCAUGUGCAGCCCGGGGUCGUGGACACGGCGAUGAACCGCGAGGCUGGGGGCAUCGAGGCACUCGGAUUUGAGGAUAAUGUGGAUCUACCUGCGAGCUUCUACGUCUGGCUGGCCAGCUCCGAGGCGCAGUUUCUGCAGGGCAAGUACCUGUGGGCCAAUUGGGAUGUGAGCGAGCUCAAGCGGAAUGCGGAGGAGAUUCGCUCUACCUCGCGACUGGGCAUUCAGCUGGGCGGGUGGCCGUUCGCAGAUGAUAGCUGGAGGCUUAAUUGGGAGUCUGAGAAUGUGUAAGGAUGCACCACAUGCACCACCAUGAAGGGAAAGCGGCGGACAACGGCAGAAACAGAAACGCAUACUGAUCACAUGAUCUUGGAUCCACCAUUCAGCGCAGCCAAAUAUUCGCGGGCCAGGCUGAGGGCUAGGUACCUAGUAGGACUCUGCGGUAAUCAAUCCUCCCAUCCCGCUUGCUGGAACCGGAAAUUUCGCCUGUUCUUCAUUGUUUAGCCCUGGCAGUUCUGUCUGAAGAUUCUUUGUUGUGGGUAGGACAC